AUGAAUAAUAUUGGUGCUAAUCGACUUGAUCGACUUCCAAGCCAAAACAAAGGAUCACGUCGUGUGGCAUUCUCAGAUUCCCUUCCUAAACACCGAGCUGCAUUUGGGGAUGGUAAUUCAGAGCGUCACAACAAAUGUUGUCCACGUUUAUUUGCUUGUUGCGCCUGGAUAUGCGUUGGGAUAUUCGGAAUUGUUGUUGCCAUUCUUAUCCUUGGCGUAAUAUUCGUGUCCUUCCUUCAAUCAGGAUUGCCAGAAAUCACCGUAAGAAUGCUGAAUUUGUCCAAUUUUGAGAUUAAAAACUCAACAAAUCAGAAUGAUAAUAAUGCUCUGUUAAAUGCGAAAUUAGAUAUGUCAAUCGAGAUGAGGAACAAGAAUGAAAAAAUAGAGUUGAGUUAUAGCAGUAUUGUUGUUAAUUUGGUUUCAGAGGACGUGAAAUUGGGCAGGAGCGUGAUUCCUAGUUUCUCUCAUAGUCCUGGAAAUACCACAUAUUUAAAUGUAACCAUGAAUGUGGAGAGAGUUUCCACAGAUAAAGACAAUUUAUCGCAACUAGAAGAUGAUCGGAAAAAGGUGCAAAUGGAUGUGCAGGUGAAAAUGGAGGCUAAAGUUGGGUUUCAUGUUGGGAUAUUCAACUUGAAGAACGUGCCAAUCCAUGUAGCAUGUGAUUUUCAACAAAACCUUCUUGUAUAUCGAAUCAACGAGCCCCCAUGUAAUAUUAGAAUGUUUCCCAACAUCAGGUAA